AUUGAUACAGGUUCGGGCUUGGAGUUAAAUGACGCGUUCAAAAUCAGUUCGCAAAACGAGCAACUGGCCUGGGCCGAAUGGAACUCGUCGAACCUUUACGAGAAGCACGACAGCACGUGGAAGGGCAAGAUACGCAUCAAUGGAAAUUUUAUAGGUAGGACAAACUUGGUACUGGAAGUAAAAAGGGACGCCGAUACGUUUUCCGUCACCAACGGUACGGUUCCCGUGGUGAUCACGAGGGUCGAACGGGUCAUAGACACGAUAUUCACCACCAGCGUUGCUGUGUUCGUAAGUAUUGCUUAUGUCGACGGGUACGACCACUUCUGGUGUGUAAGUUACCAGGAAUCACGACGCGAGACGUGUGGCUGAAGGAAAUUAUACUUAAACUUUGAGUACUUUAAUCGUAAAUCUUAGACAUAGACAAUGCAAAGGAGCAGUCUUCGCAAAGACGCAUACGUUCUUAACUCACCGGUCACCGUCC